AUGGACAACGAAGGGCAUGCGAAAUUGACCGACUACGUGAGCAAGUUCAUGGCAGCGUCAGGUGGUCAGCAAGGUGGACAGCCAGAACAUCAGGCAUCAUCGUCAACACCGAAUGCGGACUCAACACAGAUACCUGAAAGACCCAAGCAAGUGACCACAGCCGAUAGCCAAAGUCAAGGAUGGUCACCAGAAUCAUGGAGAUCAAAGCCCAUCAAGCAAGUCGUCACAUAUGAAGACCAAGCAGCCGUGUCUGCCGCCCUCGCAAAACUCUCUGGUUUGCCGCCUAUCGUUACGCCGACUGAGAUUUCAAGACUCAAGGCCAGCCUUCGCGAAGCUGCUCUUGGCAAAUCAUUCCUCCUCCAGGGCGGUGACUGUGCCGAGUUGUUCUCUUACUGCGCUGAUAAUCCCAUCGACGCGAAGAUUAAGCUUCUUCUGCAGAUGAGUUUGGUUCUCAUUUGGGGCUCCAACAAGCCUGUCAUCCGCAUUGGCCGUAUAGCGGGACAGUAUGCAAAGCCCAGAUCCAGCCCCACGGAGAUGUUGAACGGCAAAGAGGUUCCUAGCUUCCGAGGUGAUAUCCUAAACGGAUAUGACCCUGAUUCCAGGAGAGUAGAUCCCGAGAGACUAGUCAGCGCCUAUUUCCACUCUGCUACCACGUUGAACUAUAUCCGUGGACAGCUUGCGAGCGGUAUUGCUGAUCUGCAUAACCCGUUGGACUGGGAGCUGGGCCAUGUCCGGGACGAAGAGCUGCAGGCGAAAUACUCCAAAAUCGUUCACAGCAUCUCAGACUCAUUGCGCUUCAUGAAGACCAUCGGUGCAGAUACUUCAGGGCAGCUACAAACCGUAGAUUUGUUCACUAGCCAUGAAGGCCUUGUCUUGGAGUACGAGCAGAGCUUGACUAGGAGACUCAAGCAUCCAGCUGGCUACACGCCUUCGCAACCUUCAACCGAUGGCAAGGGCUGGUACAACACUUCGGCUCAUUUCAUCUGGAUCGGCGAUCGAACACGUCAGAUCGACGGCGGUCAUGUGGAGUACUUCCGUGGUAUUGAGAACCCAAUUGGUAUCAAGGUUGGGCCUUCCAUGAAGAACGAUGAGCUAAUUGAGCUCCUCGACAUUGUCAAUCCUAACAAGGAGAUUGGCAAGAUCACGCUCAUCACACGAUAUGGUGCAGACAAGGUCGAAUCUAUGCUGGGCGCACACAUUGAGGCUGUAAAGAGCAGUGGCCAUGUCGUCGUCUGGCAGUGCGACCCGAUGCACGGGAACACUCGCAGCACCCCAACAGGUAUCAAGACGCGCUCCUUCAACAGCAUCUUCUCUGAGCUCUCGUCUGCGCUCAAGAUCCACAAGCAGCAUGGUUCUUUCCUCGGUGGCAUGCAUCUUGAAUUGACUGGUGAUGCAGUCACAGAGUGUACUGGUGGAAGUGAAGGUCUGGUAGAUGAGGAUCUGAGCCUAAACUACACUACGUACUGCGACCCGCGUUUGAACGAAAAACAGGCGUUGGAAUUGGCCUUCCUUGUCGCGGGACAUUAUCGCGCGGACGAAAAGUUGCAGUAG